AUGCGAUUCCUGCAGGAGGUGCAGCAACUGACUAACACAAAAAUCGGGAUCCGUGAUAUCCCCGGAGACACCGAGAAUCGAUCUCUGAAUAUUGCAGGCCCCUUGCCGAACGCAUGUGCUGCGUACAUGCUGAUGAUGAAGAGGUACUUGGACUCCGAGGCGCAGGCUCCUGGAGGCUACACCAGCUGA